AAAUCACCACCAGGACCUUGGGGUUGGCCGUUUAUUGGACACUUGAAAUAUUUUACAGGCAAAUAUUAUAUAACAUUAUUUAAUUUGAAUUCUAAAUAUGGAUAUGUGUAUCAAUUAAGACUGGGUAAUCAAAACUUCAUAAUUGUGUCUUCUGUAGAAUCUAUAUUAGAAGCCUUAAUACAAAGUGGUCAUGCGUACUGCGGUAGACAAGAUCUACCAGCCUAUAAUAUGCUGUAUAAAGGAGAUCGUCAAAGAGGUGUACAUACAGCAGAUUUUAAUGAAAUGUACCGAAUCAAAAGGAGUUUUAUUGAUGCUAGUUUAGAUGGGUAUUGUUCUAAUGUUGAAACAAUAGAAGAUAAAAUAACAUCUGAAGUUUUGGAAGCUAUGGAUGGUUUCCUGGAAACGUCGGAAUCGUUAGACCCGUUCCUAAUACUAGAGACUAGUUGUCUGAAUAUUACCAUGAAACUAGUGUUUGGGGAAAGAUUGGAUCCACAGAAGAAAGUCACCAAUGAUUUACUUGCUAUUUUUCAUGAGCGCUCUGCAAUCAAAAUGUUGAACCCUUCAGACUAUAUACCCUUAUUGAAAGCUUUUAAAACAAAUGAUCAUUUAGAAUUUAUUGGUGACAUCACAUCCAAACAGCUUCAAAAUCAAAGUAAGAUUAUUAAUCUACAUAAAGAUACUUACGAUCCUUCUCAUUUACGAGACAUGGUGGAUCAUCUGUUACUAUUUUUAGAAUGUGGCCAAGAUUUAGAAAUGUUGACUAAGGAUGAUAUAGAGUACUUGUUAUUAGAUUUAGUGAACUAUGGAUAUGAAGCUAUGUCUGUAUUAGUUAUGUGGUUGAUAGGAUAUAUGGCAGCCAAUCCUGGUAUACAGGAUAAAGUACAGAAUGAAAUAGACAGUGUUGUAGGCCGUGAUAGAUUACCAUCAUUAAGAGAUCAUCCAUUCUUGCCUUAUACAACCGCUGUUAUAUUAGAAACUCAGAGAAUAGUUACAGUGUUUCCAUUUCUUAUACCACAUGUUCUUACAGAAAAUAGAACAUUAAAAGGAUAUAAUUUACCAUCAGGAUCAACUGUUUUGUUCAACAUCUGGAGUCUACAUCAUGAUACUAAGUACUGGAAAAAUCCCAUGAAAUUUGAUCCUCAAAGAUUUUUAAAUGAAGAUAAUAGUUUAGAGAUACCAGAUUACUAUAUGCCUUAUGGAGCUGGUCCUAGACAGUGUGCAGGAGAAAGUUUGGCAGAAAUUGAACUAUUUUUAUUUUUCAGCACCAUGAUGCAACAACUG